AUGUCGAACCACGAGAUUUUUGCGGAGCUCACUGAUGCCAUCAACCGGAUGAUCGACAUGAGGUUAAGCGGAGCCGUCAAAACGGAAGGUCAUGGGGCCUCCGAAGUCUCCGUUGAUGCUUUGGCGCGCUCGAUUACGCCCUUUACCUAUGCUCCGGAAAACAAUAUGACCUUCGAUGUGUGGUAUGGCAGAUACAAAUCCACAUUUCUCGAGGAUGGUCGCAAUCUCGAUGAUCCAGGGCGAGUAAGACUCCUCCUGCGCAGACUGGAUAACGCAGCUUACGCGAGAUAUUCCAAUCUUCUGCGCCCCGUCGACCCAGCCACGAUUCCCUUCGAUGACACCGUCCAGAGACUCACAAAGCUCUUUGGAAAAGGGGAAUCUCUCUUCAGUACACGUCGCAAAUGUCUGCAAUUCGUGAUGAAGGAAUCUGUCGACUGGGCCACGCAUGGAGGGCUUGUGAACAGCAUCUGCGAGGAUUUUAGAUUAGCUGAGUGCACAGCGGAUCAGUUCAAGGCCUUGAUUUUCUGUAUCAGCAUACAAAGUGACAAACAUAUCUUUGUAAGGGAACAGCUGCUGACACGCCUUGAAACUGAGCCCGCCGACAGGAUCAACGUGGAGUUUUUGAUCGACGAAGCGCAGCGACUCUCGAAUAUGAAGAAGGAUGCCCGCCUGGAUAUCACCCCUGCAAAUGUCAGUGCUCUCCAGAAGACCCGUAAGUCCACCAACUCACAAUCUGAUCGCCCCUCACGUCCAUGCUAUCUAUGUGGCGACAUGCAUUGGGUGCGUGACUGUACCCACACCAAUACAAAAUGCAAAGAUUGUGGGAAAAUCGGCCACAAGUCGGGCUACUGCCCACCUCAACGUACUCAGGACAACGGAGGAAGCACUGGGAAGGGCAAGAAGAAGUUUUUCAAGAAGAAGAAAUCAUCAGCAAACACCAACGUAGUUUAUGCUCCUCACCCGAGGGGUAGAAAAUUUCUAACACCGCGGAUCAAUGGGCGUCUUAUCGAAUUCCAAUUGGAUUGCGCCGCGGAUGUUUCGUUGGUAUCAAGGAGUACUUGGGAGGAGCUCGGAAAGCCUCUUCUCAGAGAGUCAUCCAUGAACGUUACGGAUGCUCAGUCCAAUCGGAUGCCCAUACUAGGCGAAUUUGAUUGCGAUGUUGUACUCCGUGGGAAGAAAAUUCGUGGGCGUUGUAUGGUCGUUGGUGGACGAACGUCGAAUUUGUUCGGAAUCGAGUGGAUCGCUGAACUCGGUCUUUGGGAUGUAGCACCGAGUGCCUACUGCCACGCUGUCCAAGGAGAAUUUGACACGGCGAGCGCUGUCAAGGAAAUCCGGGAAUCUUUUCCGGGAGUUUUUGGACGUGAGAUCGGGAAAUGCACACGCAUCACUGCUUCCAUCCACCUGAAACCCAACGCAAAGCCCAUUUUUCGCCCAAAGCGUCCGGUUGCUUUUCAUAUGCUGCCAGUGGUAGACGAAGAACUGCAGCGUCUGCAGUCAUCAGGGAUUAUUACUCCAGUCGAAUAUUCCCCAUGGGCCGCACCCAUCGUCGUGGCACGCAAAUCAAAUGGAACAAUCCGGAUAUGUGGCGAUUAUUCAAGUGGCCUCAAUGAGUCGAUUGAAAUGAAUAACUAUCCUAUUCCCGACCCUGAUAGUUUAUUCAGCCGCUUGUCAAACAAGAGCGUUUUCAGCCACAUCGACUUGUCCGAUGCAUAUCUACAAGUGCCCAUGGAUAUUGAGUCGAGCAAUCUACUCACUAUUCACACUCCCCGAGGACUUUUCCGGUUCAAUCGCCUCCCACCUGGCAUCAAAAGCGCGCCCGGAAUUUUUCAAGAGGUGGUUGAGCGCAUGCUCCAAGGAAUACCGGAUGUGAUAUGCUAUUUCGACGAUAUCUGUGUCGCAAGUUCGUCCCCAGAAGCACAUUUCUCGACACUCAAAACCGUUUUUCAACGUUUGAAGGAUUUCAACUUCCGUGUCCGCCUUGAGAAAUAUCCGGACAAAUGUGACGCUAUUAAACGGAUGCCUGCUCCGAAAAAUGUCCAGGAACUACGUAGCUUUCUGGGGGCAAUUCAAUUUUGGGGAAAGUUUGUGAAGGGCAUGAGUGAACUACGCAAACCAAUGGACGACCUCCUCAAGAAGAAUGCUAGAUGGAAAUGGACUCAACAAUGUCAGAAAGCUUUUAUUCGCUUCAAGGAAAUUCUGACAUCCGAUCUGCUGCUUACGCACUACGACCCACAUCUGCCUAUCACCAUAGCUUCGGACGCUUCAUCACACGCUAUGGGCUGCGUGGCAUACCACGAAUAUCCUGAUGGGACAUUGAAGGCAUUCUACCAUGCCUCCCGCAAGAUGACAGACGCAGAAAUGGGGUACAGCCAGAUUGAGAAAGAAGCGCUUGGGAUUAUUUUCGCUGUAAAGAAAUUCCACCGUUUCAUUUAUGGCCGGAACUUCACGCUCUUAACCGACCAUAAGCCCCUACUGUCCAUUUUUGGUAGCAAAAAGGGCAUACCGGUUCACACCGCGAAUCGUCUCCAGAGAUGGGCCCUCAUACUCUUGGGAUACGAUUUCACCAUCAAAUACACAUCCACCACCAGUUUUGGGCAUGCUGACGUAUUGUCCAGGCUUAUCAACAAUCACCGGCAACCUGACGAUGAGGUGAUCAUUGCACAAAUUCUCGAUGAGGAGUACGACAACGUGGUAGUCCAGGAAGUGACCACCCAACUGCCUGUGAAUUUUCAAAUGAUCAAGGACGCUACCGCUGCCUCAAGGGACCUACAAUUGUUGAUUGGAUACAUCAAGGGUGGAUGGCCGCCUUCCCAGAAGUCCAUCAAAUCUCGGGAAGUAGCUCGUUAUUUCAAGAUACGUGAUGCUUUGUCAAUUAUUAAAGAUUGUGUCUUUUACAGGGACCGUGUGGUGGUACCAGAGACAUUCCGGAGCAAGAUUCUCGCACAGCUUCACGAGGCGCACCCUGGCAUGUCACGCAUGAAAGCCUUGGCCCGCAGUUACGUUUUUUGGCCAGGCUUGGAUGAAGAUGUUGAGACGAAAGUGCGCCACUGCUCCGAUUGUGCCACCGCAUCCCGGUCCCCUGUCAAGACCAAUCUUGCAUCAUGGCCGUUGUCCACUGGCCCAUGGCAACGGAUACACUUGGACUACGCCAAGUACAAGGGAGAUUAUUUUCUGCUCGUCAUCGACGCUUAUUCGAAAUGGCCAGAAGUAUUCCGUACAUCUUCAACGACAACAACUAUCACCAUUCAGAAGCUUGUGGAAGUUUUUGCCCGACAUGGUCUUCCGGAAGUCAUCGUUAGUGAUAAUGGGACGCAAUUUGUCAGCGAUGAGUUUCAAGAGUUUUGUCGUCUCAACGGAAUACAGCAUAUUCGCACCUGCCCCUACUCCCCAGCAAGCAAUGGGCAGUGCGAACGACUAGUGGAUACUCUCAAGCGAUCCCUGGAAAAGCAAUCUGCGCAGAAAAUCGACACGGCACUUCAGAGAUUUCUGGCCAACUACCGUGUGACUCCCAAUGAUUACGCGCCUGCAGGGAAAUCUCCAUCAGAAGUUAUGUAUGGCCGCAAGGUACGUACAAUCUUUGAUCUCCUGAAAGAGCGUCCCAAGGAGCCCCUGCAACGCAAUGAGAAGAUGGAGAGAGACUACAAUAAGAAGCAUGGCACGAAACAGAGUUCCUUCUCGAAGGGGGAGGAGAUCUAUGCGAAGAAAUUUGCACAAGGGGGUAAAUGGAAGUGGGUUCCUGGCAAAAUCAUUGAACGUCGUGGGACGGUUACUUACAAUGUGCGGCUCAGUGAUGGACUCAUCAUCAGGUCUCAUGUGAAUCAACUCAAGCGCCGUUUUAGUGAGACGCCAGACACACCUGCUGAUACAUCAUCGUCUGAUUUGCCAAUUUUUGCACCCUCUUCCGUGCCAUUACUCUCUCAAGUACAGCCUCAACACUCGCCACAGCCAGAAUCUUCACGUAGAUCGAGUGCUUCUGAGACUCCUGUACUUCCACAGCCUUCUCGAACUCCACAAAAGACACCGAAAGAUCCACCUGCCGAAGUUCAAUCACCAAUAGCUGGCCCUUCUCGUGCAACGCCGCCACGAGUUACACCCCCACAACCAUCUCCGCGUAUGUCACUGCAAAGCAAUCCACCGCAAUCUGCUAUCACUAUUAGUUCGGACACUGAGGAUUCUGCUACGACGCCUUAUGAGGACACAGUGACUACUCCUGAAAGAAGCAACGCGGGACAAAGUGAGGAUGUUGAGGAUAAUCCAGCUACUCCAGAUCAUUCCCCGGAACUUGAGCGUCCAGCUCCACCUACACCAUUGUACCGUCGCUUGCGUGCACGACCGUACAGGAUCAGCGAGCGUUUCAAGAACCGAGAGGAUCGUCAGGAUGAACCUUCCGCUCCUUAG